CUCCUGUCCCCGCCCCGGCAGCCCGGCCAGCGGGCGGCGCUGCGGGGAGGCGCCGUGCGGCCAUGGCGGAACGGAGGAGCGGCGCGGCGGAGGCCCUAGCCCGCCUGUCCGAGUGGGCAGACGCGCACCUCGGCCUGCUGAGGAGCCUGAGCACUGGGAUGGCGGUGGCCGGGGUGCUGGUGCUGGCCCGGAGCGUGCGUAUGACAACAAAGUUUUCAAGGGCUUUGGAUAUACCUGUGGAGUUUGUAGAAAAGAAUGUGAAAUUGAGGGGGAAAUUACAUUGCAUAACGGAGAAAGGCCUGGAAGUUGAACACAUUCCCAUUAGCAUUCCUUUUAUUACAGCAGUACAGAGAAAAUGGCAAUCAAAAGGUCUUCUACUGGUAAGACUUGCUGGAGUGGAGUUGGCACCAAGUGGCAUGGUCUGGUUACAGCAAGAGUUAAAACCCCAGCAGAUGAUAUGGUUCCAACUUCUGGGAAGAGAGGACUUGGCACUAGAGUGCCUAGUUUUAGUAAAUAAGGGUCGAUUUCUCAGCAUGUGUUUAAAUGAAGAGAUCUUGAGACAGGGGCUUGGCAGAACGGCGCAUAUUAAAGGACUGCAUCACGAUUCCCGCCUGUACUGGAAACUUCACAAAAGACUCCUUCGAGCAGAGUUAAAGGCCUUGAAGAAAAAUAAAGGAAUAUGGCAAGAAGAAAGUUACUCUGAAAGAAUUAGAGAUCGUAUAAGUAAGAAUAAAUUUGUAAAAACAUUGAAACAAUUUGUGAGCUGGUUAAGACGCUCUGUUUAAAUAAAAAGGGGCUACCUGUGUUAUGUGCUUGAUGUAUAGUGUAAGUUUAUGGUAAAAACCAGUGCCAUAAUUUUGAGGGUCCCUGUCUUGAACAGAAAACUCACUUAAUGCCAUUUUAUAACCCAUGUGGGAUUGAAAUUUAGUAGUAGUAUGCAGUUCUGAAGCUGAACUUUGCUACAGCAAUGUCCUAAAUUAGUUGCCCAGUUUUUCACCUGCUAAAUAACCUGUACAUCUCUCUUAAUCAACUGGUGAAAGCAAUCAACAACCCAGUUUUUAAGAGGUACAGAGUGUUUGUUCACAGUUUAUUGCCUUAAAUGCUUCUCUGCUACAUGUCAUUGCUACAUAGCCAUCACUGGUUAGAAAACUUUUCAUAUCUUUACAAAGCUUGUGGUAUUUACACACAAGCAUUUUGUCUGAAUUCAGUUCUUACACUACUUUUGUGUAUCAUUUGUGUUUUAAAAAGUCUUUCAUCUUGAAUAAUGGGUUGCACUGUUCCUGAUAUUAAAGGUAAUUUGUUACAGCUGACCCUAAACAUCUGAUAAGGUCAUAACAACUAAAA